AUGACAUCUGUUGUCAUUGACUUCCUCUCAUCAAUGUCUUUCCCUCCACUUCGUACCGUUCCCAAACCGUUCCCAUAUAUACCGCUCUCAUUACUGACAUGCCUGCUUGUGGCUGUAAAAUGGGUCAGAAUAGGGACGUUCAAAGCUGCAGAAAGUCAGGGUAUUGGGAAGUCUGUCUGUGUCAAGUCUUUGUCAGCGUUACCCGGGAGUUACCGGGGAGGUCUGUUAGCCGCCAAAGUCCCUCCCGCCACCUUUCUCAUUGCCUGCAGUACCUCCUGCAUCUCUCUCGUUUGCCCACCACCUUUCUUGGAGCCAUUGGUCUGGCUGUUGACUGCACUGGCUGUGGUAGCGCUGUCGCACUUACAAUAUGUCAGAGCAACCAGAAUGGCAAUGCAGGGAAGCCUAUGGCCAGGAUUCUUCCCCGAGCUCCUCCAAUUACCUGAUGUCCUUGCAAUCAUUCCUUCAUCCAGCCAGUCCCCGACCCCCUUGCCAUAUCCAUCAACGAGUCCUUCAUCUACUCUCCUGCUGCCAGUGGCCCCUGAGCUUGUCGAUACAACCACCUGCUUCGACUCCCAUCUCUGGACCACUCGGAAAGAAGUUAUGCAAGAGAGGUCCACUAACCAUGAAUCUGAGCGUGAAUGUGGCCGGGCUGACUACGGGCCCCCUUCUGAGCCUUUGGAGAAUCCAAUUCUCUCUGAGGGCUCUGCACUUGAGACUGAACUGCUUGCGGAUAACCAGGGGUUUGGAUAUGAGGACCUCCAACAAGCUCUCAAGGCGUCGCUUGCUGCACAAGGCCUCGAGGUUCCAUCCACUCCACCUCCUUCACUCCAUGACACCUGA